AUGUCGACAGUCAAAAGACCAGGUUCUCCAGCCCCAGAGGUUUCCAAAAUCCUGAAGAAGGUCAAGAAAUCACAAGAGCCUUUGGAUGAGCUGAGUGAAGUGGGGGCCCUCACACAAGAGGAUGUGGUUUACUACCAGAAAGAGGCAAUUUACAGACUGAUGAACCUGUAUCGAAGUCGAAAUAGGCGACUCGACCAGGAUUUGAAGCUCUUGGCCGAACAUUACUCAAAAGUUUACAGAUGUUACAGUAUUCUCAAUUCCUGGUGGUCCGAGCUGGUGGAGCACUUCAAAACACACGAAAAGCUAGACAUCAAGAGCGAUAUCAACGAAAAAGUGUUAAUAUCGGUCGAUGACAGUGCUGGUGACGAAUCUCAAAAACUGGAAGAAACAAGGGUGGCGCUGAUAAACAUGAUUCAGCCCAUUUUGUCCUUACCGGUUCCAAAUGCAGAUGACAAAAUUGCCACCCUCCAGGAGUCUCUCGCUAACUUGACCUCGUUCAAAAGUCAACUAGAGCACGAGAACAAGACACUUAAAGAUAAGAUUGAAGAGCUAAACUUGGAAAUUGACAACUACAUAACACAGAAAGACAGAUCAGAAUCCAAGACGCUUAAUCGGAUUAGUGACGCCAAGAAGACCGACGAGGUUUCGGUCAAAGAGCAAACCCCGGAAGUCAAGGUUGAGAAUGGAGAGCAGAAAGCUUUGCCUGAGGCGAGUACUGUUGAGUUUGAGAACUUAAAAGUAGAAGUCGAGGAACUCAAAGCCAAGAACAACGUGUUUACCGAGCAACUGGACCAAAAAAUGAAGGAUAUUCAAUCGUUGGAGUUACGGUUGUCGGACUUGAGCUCGAAACUGCUGGACCCAACAGAGGAAGACUUGCAGAAGUCUGCAGUUUAUCAAAAUUUGGUUGCAAAGAACGCCGAGCUGAACACGGAGUUGAGCAAGGUGAAGUACGAGAGUUCCAAGAUUGAGUCGCAAUUUUUGGCUUUGGAGUCGUCAAUUACGCAGAACAAGUCUGCUUUGGAGGAGAAGUUACACACGGAGAUGAAGAGUAACAAUGCAUAUGUGCAAAAGCUGGAGACAGACUUGACGCGAAUCCGCGCGGAUAGAGACGAACUACAGGCUCAAAUGUCAGUUUUGAAAGCCGAGAAGGGUAAGAGCGAGCUGACGGAGGAGUACCGCAAGAUGAACGAGCUUUUGGAAGAACGCUUGAAGAAUUUGGAGGAAGGUGUCAAGGGCGAUGUUGAGGCAGAGGCGACGUCCAGCGAGGAUGUUGCAACUUUACAGAAACACAAUUCGAUCCUAACGAUGGAGUUGAGACAACUGGAAGAAGCUUUCAAGCAGACACGGCAGCUUGCCAACUCCAAAUUGCAGAAGUAUGCUGACUCGGACUCGUUCAUCAAUAAGCUGAAUGUGGAGAAGAAUAAGGCCGAUCAGAAAUACUUUCAGGCUAUGCGGUCGAAGGAUUCUCUUACUUCUCAGAACCGGAUCUUGAGUUCAAAUUUGACGAAGCAGAACGAGCUCAUUGAGGUUUUGCGGACAAACGAGAAGAACAUGGUGAAGAAGUUUGAGAUCGAGCAACAAUUGUAUGAGAAGCUGAAAGGAUUGGAGAUUGUGUUCAAGAACGAUUUGAAUUUCCAAGUGAACAAGAACAAAGAGCUUGAGUUGAAGCUGAGGAGCACUACACAGAUCAACCAGGAGCUACAGGCCAAGCUGAACAAGAGACAAGAGACUUUGAGCGAGCAACAGAAGUCUGUUUCUGCAUUGGAAGCAGAAGCCAAGGGUCUUUCCUCCAAGGUGAAGUCCUUGGAGUCUUUACUGAUGAAGUACCGUACAAACAACCCUGCAGCUAGUGCACAGGAUGAGGAAAUCAACCAGGCAUUAUUGGCCAUGACCAAAUGCCAAUUAUGCAACAAGAACUUCAAAGACCUCACAUUGAAGGUGUGUGGACAUUGCUUCUGUUCCGACUGCAUCAAUGACAGACUCAACUCGCGAAUGAGAAAGUGUCCGAACUGCAAUCAGCAGUUCAGCAGCUACGACGUUCUCACUAUUCAUUUAUAG